CAAUGAUGUUCGCUUGAAGGCCAUUGUAACAGCAUUACGCAUUGCACAACCCUGGACAUCAAUGUCCGAGAAUCAUAAUGUUGAUAUAUGGAUAGCUGGCGCUGUUGCAGCCUUUACUGUUGAUCUCAUCGUCUAUCCAUUAGAUACGAUCAAAACCCGGCUCCAGUCGCCUGACUACAAACGACUGUAUACCAACGCCGCAAACAAUGGCGUCAACCGGUCAAUGUUUCGAGGCGUUUACCAAGGGGUUGGCAGUGUCAUCAUCGCCACCCUGCCAUCCUCCGGGGCCUUCUUUUCGACAUACGAGGGCGUUAAGUCCAUCCUGGAGCAUCACAACCCUAGCUAUAAUGGAGGGCACCUUCUACCGCAACCGCUCAUUCACGCCGCUGCGUCCGGCUUCGCAGAACUCGUGUCAUGCGCCAUUCUGACCCCGGCCGAAGUGAUCAAGCAGAAUGCGCAGAUGGUCGACAACUCGAACACUGAUCGCCCUAAGGUCAACGCGACGCUGCAGACGUUGCAGCGGUUUCGCUCGAACCCUUUCGCGCUCUGGCGAGGCUACUCUGCGCUCGCGGGAAGGAACCUGCCUUUCACUGCUUUGCAAUUCCCGAUGUUUGAGCGUAUUAAGCAGAGCAUACGACAAUAUCGCGAUGAGCGUGGCAUCCGUACGAACACGCUGCUUGAGAGCGGUCUGAUCACAGCUGCGAGCGCAGGUCUUGGUGGUAGUAUCGCUGCUGUUGUUACUACACCGAUUGACGUUGUUAAGACGCGAAUCAUGCUGGCUGCGAUGGAUGGUGCUGGCGAUGGUCAGAAAGGCUCGGCCGGGCCUCUCAAGACUGCAAAGGACGGAGUCCUUGACGCAACUGGCCGAAUGGUGCAAUCCGCAAAGGAGAACGUUAAAGGGGCCCUGACGACCGUGUCACAACCAUCAAGUAGGAAAACGAGUAUGCAGAUCGCACGGGAGAUCCUGCACGAACAUGGCGUCCGUGGCCUCUUCAGAGGCGGUGCGCUGAGGGCAGUGUGGACUAUGCUAGGCAGCGGACUGUAUCUCGGCGUGUACGAAAGUGGGCGGAUAUACCUGGCUAAUAGGCGAGGCCACAAGAUGAAGGAUGAUGAGCUCGACUAAUCUGUAGUAUAAUAGAUUAGAAAGGCUUAUGUACAGGGCCACGUCCGACCUAGAGAUUAUAAAAGUAGAAAGCUGCAAAUGCUGCACAGGUGAACGGAUAGAUGCUCAAUAAGUACACGUAGACAAGGGAGCAACAGAUAUGCUCCGCCGAUGAAUCUACGGUACGAGCAGCGAACUAUACUGCAGACCGUCUGAAACGAUCGUCACAUCGGUUCAUAGCUCUUUAGCGCUGAUAGGGACACGUCUCAAAUACUGCCGUCAAUUCAAGACGAUACGCCGCCGUACAGG